AUGGAGUCUUUCGGGAACUUUUUCGACGAAGAAUGGCACAGUUUAAGCAGGAUCUUCGUCGACCAUGAUCAAGAUUCUGAUCGGUUUACUGGGCAUGAGUUCAUGUCCAGUGAACAUGAUGAUCAUGGUUUAAAUUUCGAAGUUCCUAGCAAUGUCUUUAGCAAUGAAGACUCAUUCGUCUAUGUUUCUGAUCUCAUUAACCCUAAUUUCUACCAUUUUCUCUCUCAAGAAAGUAGCAUUAGUAGCAGUGGCACCAGCAAUGGCACCGUCUCUCUUCCCUAUCCAUGCCAUGAUCAAAGUUUCCAGUUCUUCCCUUCUAAUAGUAUUGUUCCUUCACCAUCAAACGACGUGUGUGAUCAGUCCAUCGGUUUUUGUAUGAUGGACGAGAUCAACAACUCAUCGCUAUCAUCCCCAGUUUUUUCUGACGAUGUAGUGGCAGAAAAGGUUAAAAUGGAGAAUUCACACGGCAAGAGGAAGCUUGAAAUGCUCGAAUCAUCUGAUGCCAUGGAAGAUGAAGUCAACAAUGAGAAAAUUGAUAAGAACCCCAAGAAGAAAAGUCGAGUUAAUGUAAGUAUAUCAUUAUUUUAUAAAAACAAGAAAAAUGUGCAACCAAAAAAGAACCAGAAGAUUGAUGAUACAGAAAAGAGCAACAACAACAACAACAACAACAACGGAGAAACGAACGGACAAACUUCAAGUUCUUGCAGCUCUGGUGAUGAUUUAAAUGGAUCACAAGAUUUGAAUAGAAACAGCAAAACAAGAGCCAGUAGAGGCACCGCGACUGAUCCCCAAAGCCUUUACGCAAGGAAAAGAAGAGAAAGGAUAAAUGAGAGACUGAGAAUCCUUCAGAACCUUGUACCAAAUGGUACAAAGGUUGACAUUAGCACAAUGCUAGAAGAAGCAGUAGAAUAUGUGAAGUUCUUGAAGCUUCAAAUUCAGCUGCUGAGUUCUGAUGAUAUGUGGAUGUAUGCUCCCAUAGCUUACAAUGGAAUGGACAUGGGUCUCUAUCAAAGCAUUACACCAACUCUAUAA